AUGUCCACUCAGAAGGCUUUGCUUCUCCCCGAGAAGCAGGGGGAAUGGAAAGUGGUCGAUGUUCCCAUCCCGACCCCCGGCCCCAAAGACGUUCUCGUCAAGGUCAUCGCGACCGCCUUGAACCCCGUGGACUGGAAGAUCAAGGAGCACAGCUACCCUAUCAUUGAGUACCCCUUUGGCUACAGGAUAUUAUUCCAGGGCUGGUUCAGCAACGACAAAGCGACGUUGCAGCAGUACACCUUAGUCCCUGCGGAGAUUACGGCGAAGAUCCCCGAGAACAUCUCGUUUGAUCAGGCUGCGUCCGUCCCGCUCGCUCUCGCCACCAUCACGACCGGUCUCUGGAACCAUCAUCCCGACGCGAAAUUGGCCAGUCUCACCGCGCCGUACGAGGAGGGCGGUGAGACCAAGUACGCCGGCAAACCCGCGUUCAUUCUUGGGGGUUCGUCUUCCGUCGGCCAGUACGCCAUCCAGGCAGCGAGGCUCUCCAAGUUCUCGCCCAUCAUCACCACUGCGUCCCCGCGCAACGAGGCUCUCCUCAAGUCCCUCGGCGCAACCCAUGUCCUCGACCGCUCCCUCCCCGCGUCGACACUCGCUGCAGAGGUGGCGAAGAUCGCGGGCGGCAAGCCCGUCGAGUUUGUCUAUGACACGAUCUCGCUCGCGGACACUCAGGCGCUGGGCUACGAGGUCCUCGCGCCAGGGGGCGUGCUGUUCAUUACGCUUCCCGAGCAGAUCCCGGAGGACAAGAGGAAGGCCGGGGACAAGAAGAUCGUGCAUGUGUUCGGCAACGUGCAUACCCCUGAGAACAGACAAGUUGGUGUCGAGCAGUACAGCAGGCUGACGGAGUGGUUGAAGACGGGCGCGAAUGUGCCGAACAAGGUGGAGGUGCUUCCGAACGGCCUUGCGGGUAUCCCGGAGGGUCUGGAGCGGCUGAAGAACGACAAGGUCAGCGGGACGAAUCUCAUUGGCCGGCCCCAGGAGACCACAUGA